AUGCAGUACGCUCUCGUUCUCGCUGGUGCGCUGCUUGCGGCUGCCCACCCUCACCAGAACGAAGCGCAUGGCCGGCUCCAUCGCAUGCACAACCGCGAUGUGGUUGUCACCGAUGUCGAGAUCGAUACCGUGACUGUGACCGACUACGUCACGGCUGGUGAGGCUCAAGCUACACCAGCUGCUGCCAGCUCCGGUGACUGGGCUGCCGCCGGCUCCUCCGUUGCCGCUGUCAGCAGCGUUGCCCCGGUAUACUCCUCUCCCUCGUCGAGCGCUGCUCCGGUUGUCAAGGUCGCCCCCUCCAGCGCCCCAGUCUACAGCGCACCAGCAUCGUCCGCAGCUCCAGCACCAAGCAGCUACUCCAGUGCUCCCUCGAGCGCUGCUUCCAGCGCCGCCUCCAGCGCCAGCUCUUCUGCACCGGCUGCAUCUGGCCUCAGCGUCGGCAACUUGACCCCCAAGGGCAAGAAGGCCGGCCUUUCUGGCUACCCUGGUGUCACCGGCAAGAGCAGCUUUGCCUCUCUUGCCCCAUAUAUUUCGUGGUACUCCGACUACACCGCCAACACUCCUGACUCCAACGGCGUCAUGGGUAUUGGUAUGCUUUGGGGUGCCAGCGGCUCUCCAUGCGGCGAGUUUGAGCGCCUCGCAACCUUCAACGAGAUGGCCACCAACAACACCACUCCCAGCAUCAUGUUCGGCUUCUACGAGCCCGACUGCACCUGCACCAUGUCUUCAGACAUGUCCACUACCGAUGCCGCAACCCAAUGGAACUCCCUCAUUGCCCCGAUGAAGGCCAAGGGAACUGUUCUUGGUUCUCCCAGCAUGUGCAAGCAGAAAGACGAGGACUUCCUGACCCCAUUCAAGAGCGGCAUUACCACCGACUGGGACGUCACCAGCAUCCACGUCAACAAGAACAAUCUCCAGGGCGCCAAGGACGACGUGGAGUACUACGUCAACAAGUACAACAAGCCGGUCUGGGUUUCGGAGUUCGCUUGUGUGGAUGAUGCUAAUGGUUUCACUGCUUGCACUGACCAAGGCCAAAUCGACCAAUUCAUCAAUGACGUCGUCUCCUACUUCGAAUCCAACUCCAACGUUGUUGCCUAUGGCCCCAGCAACGGCGACGGUCUCGGCACCGUCUGGCCUCUUACUGACGCGAGUACUGGUGCCCUGACGCCCAGUGGACAGACUUACCUUAACGCCAUCAAGAACUUGUAG